GUGUUUAAUUACUUAAUAAGUGGAACAAAUUUCAUAAAUAAUUGCGCCGAAAGUAGCCACCGCCACCACCGUAAUCAGCAGAGAGGCCAACGAACAGUUACAUUUGUUUUGAUGUAAAAGAAGGCUAACAACAAACAAUUAUAGCUCACUUUUCUUCUUUUCUCACUCUGUCUCUGUAUCGUCUAGGCAACUAUUUGAUCCUCUCUCUUCAAUCGUACGCCUCCUACCUCCGUAAGAAAAGAACUUGGAGAAGGAAAAAGAAAAAAAGAGAUGAGAGUUCAUACGCGGAGAUUAUUCGUCAUUAUGAUCAGAACUUCCUAUAGAUGGAUCUCCAGUCAUCCCCAUCUCCUUGGCUGUGUUGGGGUUGUGUAUCUUCUGUAUAGAGCUUGUCCUCUUUUGUUUUCUCCCUUGCUGGCUGCAUCUCCUGUUCUGGUUUGCACAUUCGUUUUGCUUGGAGCUAUUCUUAGUUUCGGAGAGACAAAUAUUAUACCUGAGAUCGAAACAGAACCGGAGACCACUGUUCACGAGGCUGCUCUUUUCACAACUGAGGCUUCGAGGGAUCCUACUGUUGUUGAGAGAGGCGACGAGAGUUUUAAGGUGGAGAGGUUCGUGAGCACAGAGAAAGAUGUUGCUGAUAGAUUAGUGGAAAACCAGCUGAGUGAGGUUGAGGACGGUGAUGGUCAACCAUUUGACUAUAGGCCUUUGGUUGAUCAGAUUCUUGAUGAGGCCAAACGAGAUACUCAUGUAAGGUUUGAGGAGAGAGAAGAGGAGAAGUUUGAUGGGAAGCGUGAUGAACAAUGGAGGAAUGUUGGUGGUUCUUUAGAUGAGAUGAUGGACGAUUCAAAGGAAGAUCAGGUGGAUUUAACUCCUUGGAGACCAAUGAGGCAUGAGGAGGGCGAGGAUGAUGAUGUAAAUGACUCACUGCAUUCUAGUUCUGAUGAUGCGGAAAGUUCUUCACCUGACCCUUCUAUGACAGACAGCAUCCCCAUGCUUGAUGAGCUUCACCCGCUUUUACACUCAGAGAAUCCAGGUCGUGGUAUUGAAGGAUCAGAUGCAACUUCAGAGGAGCCAGAUAUGAGUAGUAGUGAUAGCGAUGAAGGAAUGGAGUCUGAUGUUAACAGCGAAAGUCAUGGUGAAGAGGACGACAACAAGAAGGAAGAAGAGGAAGAGGAGAAGAAGGAAGAUGAAAGUAAAUCACCUAUCAAAUGGACAGAGGCUGACCAAAAAAACGUCAUGGAUCUAGGAAGUCUCGAGCUUGAAAGAAACCAACGGUUGGAGAGUCUUAUCGCCAGGAGAAGGGCUCGCAACAAUAUGAGAAUGGUAGCAGAGAGAAAUCUUAUUGAUUUCGACUGUGCUGAUGUUCCAUUUAAUAUGCCGCCAAUCUCAACCGCAAGGCAUAAUCCAUUUGAUCUUUCAUAUGAUGAUAUGGGACUACCACCUAUCCCUGGCUCUGCUCCGUCCAUUAUGUUCGCGAGGAGAAGAAACCCGUUUGAUCUUCCGUACGAGCCAAAUGAAGAAAAGCCAGACCUCAAGGGUGAUGGUUUUGAGGAAGAGUUCUCUUCUCCACAACCUAAGGAGCCAGUGUUCAGAAGAUAUGAGAGUUUCAGUGUAGGUCCAUCGAUGCUCGGAGGUCCCAGACAUGAUAGGCUACGACCUUUCUUUGCGCUGGAAAGAUUAGCAAAUGAGGGAAGGAGCUAUUAUCCAUUUGAAAGGCAGCUCAGUGAAGUUAGUGAAUCAAAAGUCAGUUCUGUGCCUGAUACUGAAUCUGUCUGCACAAUCCUGGAGGAUGACGAAAAGAAGGUGGAUGAAGAUGAUGCUGAUCGAGAAACCGAUGUAGCUAAAACUGAUAUGGCUUCUGACCAUGAUGAAGAAAAAAUCCUUUCAGCUUCUGACCAUGAUGAAGAAAAGGGUCAUUUGUCAGAAGAUUCUGAUUUUGAUGAACAAGCUGAUAGCAAAACCCUUCAUCAUGAUGUGGCUGAGAUAAUAUUGGGAAGUGCAGAAACACACAUUACACAUCAUGAUCAAUCAAACAUUAUGGAUGGAAAAACUUCUGAUAAGACAAAUCAUGAUGAAGAGGAUUCCAGUGAUAGUGAAUCAUCUGUAUCAGAGAUAGCGCAUAUUAAUGAGGAUGAAGCAAUGUUGGUUUCUGAGCGGGAAGUUGAUCUUCAUGAGACAUCAGGUACUUCUUUUGGAGGAUCAGAUAUUCAUGUUGCAAGAGGGGUGGAGGAUGAUUAUCACCAUGAUGGAGCGCCUGCUUUCAUUACUACACUUCCCUCGCUGGAGGAGUCAACAAUUCAUAAUCUUUGUGGUUUGGUGGGCGAUCACCACGAAACACCUGUCUACGAUUCGAGUCCUCCCUCAGCCAGUAGGUUCCCAUCAUUUUCUUCAGUAUCAUCUGAUUACAAACCAGAUCUACCUGGAAAGAGUGGCGAAGAAGUACAAGAAAAUACAGAUAACGAACGUGAAGUUUAUUCUGAAAGCUUAGGUCCUGAUGAGACUGAAACAAGUACAGGGGAAGUGGUAUAUAGUAGCACGCAUGUUACAGGAGAGGCAAGCCUUGGAAUUGAUGGUCAAAAGAACUCAACUGUUUCAGUGUCUGAAUUUGAGGAAGCCUUAGUUGAUCCAUCCUCUCUACCCUUGGAUAAGAACGAGGAUGCUGACCACCAGGAGGAUGUUCCUUUAUCUAUUUCUAGUCAAGAAGACCUGGAAGAGCUGCAUGAAGAAGUGAAAGAGGCUGUAGAUACCAGAGAGCUAGAUGUUAGUGAAUCUUUGGUGGACUUGGUUUCUCCUACAGAAGAGGAAGUAGUAUCUACAGGGACAGUUGAGCAUACAAGUUCACCUUUGGGAUGUGGUGAUACGACGGAGCAUUUGACAACACUGGAAGAAUCACCUGAUAUGGUACAUGACAUAGCUGAAACUUCAGUAAACAGAUCAGUAGCUGAGGGCAUAGUGCAGGAGGAAGAGAAUAAACAAAAAGAUGAAGCCAGUCAUCAAAUAGUCAAUGCAGACAUCCCAAUAGACAGCUACGCCACUUUGUCUUCUGGAGCAGUUGAGUAUGUUGAGACGCAUUCAUUUAAUGAUGGAGAUGCUCCGCAGGCGGAACAAGAUCCAGUUCAAUCCUCAGUUUCUGAUGCCAAGGAAGAAAUACAUCCCAACCAAACUAUGGAUAUCGAAGUAGACUCUGUGAAUGCUCGUGCCCAAAAUGUGGGAUCCGAAGAAGCGACUCCAGCUGAAUCAGAUAGAGAACCGACCUGGUCAGAUAAAUCUGUGGUAGAACAAUCAUCUCUUGAACCUUGUGAAGAUCAAGUACCAGCACGUGCAGCUCCUGUGAGUAUGGAUACAGCUGAGUUAUCUUGUUUGACAUCUGACACAUCCUCAUCUCCAGCAGAGUCUCCUGAGUACGAAACACCUAUGGUUGGUGAAAGCUCAAAGGCUGAAUACUUCCAAGAGACUGUGAAUGAGGGGCUUGACCAUGUGGUAGAGCGAUCAGAUCAACUUACAGAUUUACAAGAAAUAUCUCAGAGUCCUCCUGAAGCUAUCACUGAAGAAGCAGAGCGAUUUGACCAGUUUACAUAUUUACAUACAAUAUCUCAGAGUCCUCCUGAAGUUAUCACUGAAGAAGCAGAGAAAUCAAAUCAAUUUAUAGAUUCACUUGCUGUAUCUCAAAGUCCUCCUGAAGUUAUCACUGAAGAAGCAGAGCGACUAGAUCAGCUUACAGAUUUACAUGAAGGAUCUCAAAGUUCUCCAGAAGUUAUCACUGAAGAGGCAGACGAGAUAAAAGAGACUGAUGAAGGAUUAUUGUCUAAACUUGACACGGUUGGAGACUUUGGUGUUAAGGAAGUUUCUGAGCCUGGGCCAUCUUCAGUAGGGUCAGAGACUGCCCCUGAACAGACGGAACCUCGGUCUGUUCUUGAAACGAGAUCUGUUCAAGACAUAGAAUCUGCUUUCCAGCAGAUUCAUGAAGGAUCCGAGGUUGAGGAUGUUAUCCUUCCAAACACCGUUCAAGACCAGUUGGCUCAAGAAAAUUCUGAGCACUCAACAGAGACCAAGUCAGUUUUAACAGUGGUGGAAGCUACGUCCAAAGAUGAUCUAGAUACUGCUAUGAAUCAGGCUGUUGUAGAGAGCAUGUGCAAGCAACCAAUGUCACCAGAAUCAGAUGGUGGGUCUGGAGAAACCAAACAUGCAGUUGAAAUCGAACCAUCAGGGUCUUUAGUUGAAGAAAGAUCUCUUGAUGAGACAAAUGUUCAUCUUAACAACACACCUGAGAAAGAAGAAGAUGAGGAAAGUAGACCGAAAGAGAGAACCACAUCCGAUGUAUCGACUACCGAAACUCGAUCACUGGAGGAAACUUCAGAAUCAAUAGAGGAGAUGUCAACGGAAGUAAUCUCGGAAAGAGUGGUGAUUCCCACAGAAGCCACUGAGUCUAGUAAUGUAACACUAAGCGAUGAAGUAGUGACUGAGGAAGCAAAAGCUGAAACCUCAAGUAACCUUGAUGGGACUGUACAGAGUCCUGAGUCCAAAGAAGCUCCGGAAGAUUCGGAGGAAAGCAUUUCAGAAGUAAAGACAGAGAAGAAGGAUAAGGGUAGGUCCGAUUCUUCAGGCUCGAGCUCAAGCUCUAGUUCAAGUGACUCAGAUUGAAAAACAAUAUCGAAGGGUAAUGCAUCUCAACUCCUAGUAUAUAUGUUUGUUACACGGUAAUUGAUAGGCACUUCUGGGUUUGUUUUUUUUUCAUCAGACUGUGUGCUCUGUUUUAAAAGGGGCACGAAGAAGCCGCUAUUCAUUUUUCUGUACCAAGUUUUCUCCUUUUCCCGGUUGUGUGUGUGUAUGUGUUUUCCUUUUCUCGUGUUUCAGCUUCCGUAUUUAUUGAUUUGUAUUUGUUGAUACUAUUCUGAGUUUUUUUCAGGGUUUUUGGUUUGUGACUUUAAAUAUUUUCUCGUGUUUUUGGGGAUUGUUCUAAAUUAUUUUGUAUUGAAACUGAGAAAUGAGAAAUGAGAAAUGUAUUGAUGUUUGGAUUCUU